AUAUUCUCCCGCCCGAGAGAUUUCGUGUGCUGGUAUAUAAGAAGUGAAAUUCUCUGCAACCUAAGGAGUUACUUUUUAAUCCUCUGUACGAUCAGGGGGGACGGAAAUCCUCAAGUGUUUUUUGUUUGGUCUAUCUGGCAGAAGAAUAUCAAAUAAAAAAUAAACAUAAACAUAAAUAAUACAAAAGACACGAUGCUUCUAAUCGGGCAUUAUUUCCGGUAUAUCGUCGGGAUUUUAAUCGCCGUCCGGAGCGUUCGUUCGGUUUUAACAAAAUCAAAUGGCGAUCAAUUAAGGACGUUAAGAUCAUCGCCAACAACACAGCAUCAGGACGACGUUGAGGUAUUAUUGGAUAAAAAUUCUGGCCUGACUAUAAAUGACGCUGAUCGGAUAAGAAACUUGUCGUCGAUGGUGGAAAAUUUCGAAGAUGAUAUCAGAGAAUCUAGUACAACGGGUAUGAAAGAAGAUCACCAUCUGCAGGGAAGAAAACAAUCGCAACCAUUUAAAAAUAAAGAAAAAAAACCAAGGACUUUUUUUGGACCACUCAGUUUGGACUUGAAAGAUAAGUUUUAUUCAAAACGCGGAAUCAUCUACGAUACUCGCGACAGUUUUGAUGCUGGUGGCUUCACUGGUGGUUUAAGCUGUUGUGGAACAAGGUACGGACUUUCCGGCUAUUCGCAAUCAGAUCGAAGACCCAACGUUUAUGGCUAUGGCGAUUCAUCUGAUGGGGGACGAUAUCCAGAUAGACCAUCUAGACGUCCAGGCGCUGAUAGAUACGGCUCGAGUUAUUCUCAAGGUUUGACUGGGGGUGGAUUGGGGCGACCUGAGGGAGAUCUGUACGGAAGUGGGGGGUCAGGAGGAUCUUAUCCUUCGAGAUAUGGACCAAUCAGAGGUGGAUCGUAUGGCGGGGGCAGCGAUGGGGACAGGUAUGGUGGUACUCGUCCCAGUUUCGGAGGAGGGCCUCCAAGCGGUCCAGGUGCAGGUUCCAGUGGGCUUUAUGGUCGACCAAGUUUCAGUGCCGGUGGAUCUAACAGCUAUGGAGGAUUUGGUAGCCAAAAUGGUGGUAGUGCAGGAGCUUUCGGCAGCGGCUAUGGUGCAGGUGCCGGAAGCUACGGAGCUGGUGGUUCAGGUGGCUACGAAGGAGGAGGAGGUGGAGGUGGAAUUUCAGGAGGUUUCGGGACCGGCGGAUUCGGAGGAGGAAGUUUCGGGGGAGGCAGUGGAAUUGGCGGUUUUGGAUCAUACGAUCAUUUCGGCGGGGGUGGAGACUAUGGUGUUGGUGACGGCGGAGGUGGCAUGGGUCUUCCUUCGGAAGCGCACAUUAAGACUCAGAAGGCUUUGGCACUAAAGGCACUCGCUGGAGUUGCACUUAUCGGGGCUGCUGCUGCCCUCGCUACGAAUCCCGUCCUUCUUCCUCUGGGAGUUGCUCAUGGGAGAAAAAAACGAUCUGCUGCUGACGAUUUCUGGAAUGAACAUCCUUUGAUGUUACUCAAGGGCUACAUAUCACAGAUUCCUAGGAGUGACAUAAAAAAGGAGGACAUCCUUGUGCUCAGUAAAUUUUUGGCAUCCCGAAAAUGCGUGGCUAAGUUGGCAUGCGAAAUACAACGUGAAUACUUCGCCGAUUUGGCGCGUUACAAGGACGUCGGAGACAGGGAGAAUCGAGGGGAGAAUAGUAUAUAUCACAACUUGGAGCAACGUUUUAUGGAUUUCAAUGUUCUCAACAACAGUUACGUGAACGAACAUCUGAAGAAAGAAAUUAAACUCGCGCUUGCUAUUGGAGCGCGGGAUGGAAACUGCAAAAUCUUCCCAUGUGCUUUGUCGAAGGAGUGAUCGAGGAUUAUACCAUAGCGGCUAUCGGAUGAAUGAUGACAUGAUUAUUGCUUAUCAAUUAUUAUUAAGUAUAAACUAGUGUCCUCAUAGAAAUGAAAGCAUCCAAUACAUCU